AUUCACUCAAUAAACCGAAAAAAUUAGACUGAAAACAUGAGUGAGGUUAUGUUGUUCUGUCACAAAAUGCAAGCAGUUGUGUGAGUAAGAAAUUCAGAACUGUCACAAGCAUCGUGCGUUAAAGUGAAUGGUGCUGACGUGAAUUGAACCGUAUUUUCGUCAAACAAUUUCAACAAUAAAGUCUGUGCAUUUCGUCAUUCAACGUGGUUGAACAAACACCGUUCAUUUCAAAACAGAAGCUCAGUGAAAACAGAUUUAGUUACACAAAACCAAUUUUUUCUCUCUCGUCAAAAUGAGUGAUUCGAAAAACGAAGAAAUUCUCGCUCCGUUGCGAUUUUUGGUGAAAGAACAAGGCGAUCUUGUACGAAAACUGAAACAGGAAGGUGCACCAGAAAUUGAUGUGAAAAAAGCCGUUAAUGAACUAAAAGCACGCAAGAAGCUUUUGGAAGACAAAGAAUUGGAAUUGGCACCGGCCGCCGCAUCGUUUGACCGUACAAAAAUGGAAGUUUUGCUAAAACGACGGUUCUUCUACGAUCAAAGUUUCGCUAUUUACGGUGGUAUCACCGGUCAAUAUGAUUUCGGUCCGAUGGGAUGUGCCUUGAAAUCAAAUAUGUUGAAUGCGUGGCGGCAAUUUUUCGUGCUCGAAGAGCAAAUGUUGGAAGUGGAUUGUUCAAUUCUGACACCAGAGCCCGUUCUAAAAGCAUCCGGUCACGUUGACCGAUUCGCGGAUUAUAUGGUGAAAGAUUUGAAAUCUGGCGAGUGCUUUCGAUUGGACCAUUUGAUUAAGAACAACUUGGAGAAAUUGUGCAGCGAAAAAGGCACGACCGCUGAAUUGAAGGCGGAAUGUGAAGAUAUUAUCAUCAAAUUGGACGGCAAUACGAAAGACGAAAUGGGCGCAAUCAUGAGACGAUUCAACAUGAAAUCACCAACAACUGGCAACGACUUGUCCGAUCCCAUUGAAUUUAAUCUCAUGUUUGGCACACAAAUCGGUCCAACUGGUUUGAUCAAAGGCUUUUUGCGUCCCGAAACAGCUCAGGGCAUUUUCGUUAACUUCAAGCGUCUGCUUGAGUUUAAUCAAGGCAAAUUGCCAUUCGCUGCCGCUCAAAUUGGUAAUUCAUUCCGUAAUGAAAUCUCGCCGCGAUCCGGAUUGAUUCGUGUUCGUGAAUUCACAAUGGCUGAAAUCGAACAUUUCUGUGAUCCCAACGAAAAAUCUCACCCGAAAUUUGAUAGUGUCAAAGACACGGUAAUGCUAUUAUACUCGGCCUGCAACCAAAUGGACGGUAAAAGUGCUGAACCAAUCAAAAUUGGAGAUGCCGUCAAGAGUGGUUUGGUUGCCAACGAGACAUUGGGCUACUUCAUGGCGCGUAUUCAACAAUACAUGCUAAAGAUAGGUAUUUUGCCCGAUCGCCUCCGAUUCCGUCAGCACAUGAACAAUGAAAUGGCGCAUUACGCUUGCGAUUGCUGGGACGCUGAAUGUUUAACCAGCUAUGGAUGGAUUGAGUGUGUCGGCUGUGCUGACCGUUCCGCAUACGAUUUGACGCAGCAUACGAAAGCGACUGGCGUUAAAUUGGUGGCUGAAAAGAAAUUGGAUGCACCAAAGGUGGUGGAUGUAACGGAGGCCGUGCCCAACAAAGCAAUAAUCGGAAAGGAGUUUAAGAAAGACGCCAAGCGUAUUUGCGAUAAGUUAGCUGCUUUGGAAGCCGAACAACAACAAGCAUUGCAAGAUGGCCUCAACUCGAGUGGCUCGUAUGACUUGGAAGUCGACGGUGCCUUGAAAGUUACACUCACUAAAGCCAUGGUUGAGGUGAAAACGACAAAGAAAACCAUGCACGUUGAAGAAAUUACACCAAGUGUAAUCGAACCAUCAUUUGGUAUCGGCCGUAUCAUGUACUCACUGUUGGAGCAUCGAUUCCACAUUCGUGACGGUGACGAGCAACGUUCAUACUUUGCACUGCCAGCUUUCAUUGCUCCACUCAAAUGUUCGGUUUUGCCGUUGAGUGCAAAUGCAGAGUUCGCACCGUUCGUGCAGAAAAUCUCGACUGCAUUGACCAAACAUGACGUUUCGCAUAAAGUUGACGAUGCCAGCGGUUCGAUCGGACGUCGCUAUGUUCGUACCGAUGAAAUCGCCAUUCCAUAUGGUAUCACCAUCGAUUUUGAUACAUUGAAAGAACCAUACACCGUAACACUGCGCGAACGAGACUCGAUGUCCCAAUUGCGUGUGCCACUCGAUGAGAUCGCCGAAGUGGUUCGCAAUUUAUCAUUCGGAAAAGUGACAUGGAAUGAAGUUUCAGUCAAAUAUCCGAAAUUCGAACAACAAGAAACCACGAAAUAGAUGAACUCGCCCAUUUACGAUAUCGCACACGCUGCUCAUGUGUUUGCAUUUGCUUUAUGAUAUUUUUUCUAAUAAUUUUUGUUUUUUUUGGGAUUCAAUAAAAUAUUCUUACUUUUUAUUACUCUGCA